AGGUUGGGUGUAGGCUAAGUGGAGCUGACCAUAGGUGGUUUAGUGUACACAGAGGUUAGGUUAGUAGUAAAUUUAGGAUUUCAGUUGAUACAGCUGCAUAAGGUCAUUCUGUUGUGUUGGUAAUCUGCAAAUCGUUAACUACCUAUAUACGAGUAUUUCCGACAUCCCAGUGAAAUUAGUAUGUUAUCUGCUUUACUGUCUGGAAAAUAUUGUCGAAACUUGUGUACCCUCGCUUGAAUUUUCUAUCCGGCCAGUGAAAACGUACAUUAGUUAAAAUAUAGACACGGAACAAAUAAUACAUGGAAUAUCUCGUAGGUGAAGCUACAGUAGGGAAGUUGACGUCGUUGAAGUUGGUGCAGUAUCAAUAUUGGCCGUGAUUUACCUUGUUGACAACGCAAGAAAUUUGUGCGGGAAGGAAUACCUUUAAGUAUUCCGUAUGAGAAUAUCUGGAGUAUAUAAUGGAAUAUCUAUAAAGUGCUUAAUUAUAUGAUCAUCGUAAUAGAUUUUUCUUGUCGCAGCGAGAAAGUAUGCUGUAUAGUCUACAGUUCCGAGGUAAAUUACCUGUAUAGAAGAAAAUCGAAGUACAGGUAUGAGAAGUAGCACGUAUUAAACAAGGUAAGAAUGCAGGGACACUGAUUGAGGCACCGCUCAUCGUGAUGAAGCAGAAAUGCAGUCUCAGGCUUAUUUUGAGUUUGCAGAUGUUACUACGGUUAAACAUGAGGUAGAAAAUAAGGAAGAGGAGAUUUCUGUACAAAAUAAAGACAGCGAAGAACAGGAGAGUCUGCCGGAAAUGGGGCCAUACUUCAAACCAGUUCUCAGAAAUGGACCAUACAGUAGUUCCAGUGAUGGGCUACAUAUAUGUAAUAUAUGCCAGAAAAGUUUUGGUGAUGGCUUCAAUCUGACAAUUCACUACCGGAUACACACAGGAGAACGUCCACAUGUGUGUAAUGAGUGUGGGAAAGGUUUUACACAGUUCAGUAAUCUUAAGAUUCAUAGCCUUGUUCAUACGGGAGAACGUCCACAUUUGUGUAAAGAGUGUGGCAGAGGUUUCCGACGUGCAGCACAUCUACAAAAACAUGCUCUUCUGCACACGGGACAGAGACCUCAUGUAUGCACUGUCUGCUCCAAGACUUUUGUAUGCCUCACGGAUCUAAAGAACCACACUUUUAUGCACACGGUAGACCGGCCACACAAGUGUGAGUUGUGCACCAAGACUUUUGCAACUCCGGCACGACUGCGAAGACAUCGUGACACACACAAGAGUUCUGCGUGAGCCUUGAGACAAUUUUUGCCAGGACAUUCUCAGAGAUAAUAGAUGUGUGGAUUAUUCAAGACAGGAUUUACAGCUCCUUAUGAUAUCAAGACUUGUCUGGAAAUUCAUCGUGGCUAUUUGAGCCCAGGGACAAGUUUUUGCAACAGUGUCUGAAGUGUGGAAAAUGCAUGAAUACACAAUAUGGAUAUUGUCAGUGUUGACCCCAAUUCUGAUCCUGCUACACAGCCACUCCACACAGUUCCUGUAAAGGAGGAGAAAAUGUUUGUCAUUUCUGAUGUGAUAGGAGGAGCCGAGUUCUUUGGUACAGAUGUGGGUCGGUACCUGUGUGCUGUAGCAGAGGGUGUUAUGAAGGCUGAACCAAAAGAAGACAUUACAGAAGUAAAGAAGGAAGUGGAGAGUGACUUAUCUGUGGAAAAUCAUCGUCUGAAUCAUCAGGGUGUGCUUGGCCUCUGUUCUGAGACAUUAGUGAAACAAGAAGAGGAAGACCAGUCUGCCGCUGCUGAUUACAUUGAACAGCCUCCACCAUCACGAUCUGUCAUUCCACUUCUUCAAAAUACACAGGGAUGUGACUCGCACAUCGCUAGUGAUUGUGGUGGCUCUUUGAAAUUAUCUGCACUUGUAAAGAAGGAGUGUUCAGGUUGUACAGAAACAUGUUCUGAAGUGUGUGCAGAUGAUAACAAAGAAUCCACCAGUGACCAUGAACAAACUGACAGCUGUGUAGAGGAUUCUAAAUCCAUAGUAGACACAUUCAUUUCUGAUUUUAGUAAAUGUGUACAGAGGUGCAGCAACAAGCCCAUGCCAGUGGAUCCUUUAGUGAUGUUGCCCAGGUCACAGCUAUCCACGGCAGAGAGUUCAGGAAUGGAGCUGCAGGACGGCGAGUCGGACGUAAGCAGCUUAAAAGGAGCGCCAGUUGUCGAACGCCCUACCGAAUGGGACGUAAAUCAACGUGCAGAUUGCCUUCAUUCUGUAAAUGAUCCGGAAGUUAAGACAAGCAUUAUCAGCCAAAAAAUAAAUAAACAUACCGCCCAGAAAAAUGUGAAAGUUGAUGAUGUGGAAAAGCUGCCAAAGGAGUAUUCUGAAAGCAAGUCAAAGCAGCAUGAUUCUGGGUCAAAUUCUGCAAAGAUUCAAGAACAAGAAUUAGUCACUGGAGGGAAAAGCAUGAUGCAAAUGGAUAAGACUGAAGAUUUACCUAUUGGCCGCGUGGCAAAGCGACCUAGGAGGUCAUCUUCGAAUUACGAGUCAAUGAAAUGUGUGAGCGAUUGUAAUUCGACAGAGGAUAAGAAUGUCGAAGUUAAGUUGGACUUAAUGAGACCAGGGGACAGCUGUCAGGUAGAACAGAAGAAAACUGUCAAAGCACGUGGAACCGUGAAACCCCACAGGGAUCUCUCUUCAAAAUAUCGGAUGAUGCGGCGUUCGAGGGCCGACGCAGAUGACGCGCCGUAUCGCUGCGAUAGGUGCGACAAGCGGUACGCCACGAGCCGUGGCCUCCGAGACCAUCACGCGUUCCAUACCGGAUCACGACCGUUCGUGUGCAAGGUGUGCGCAAAAAUGUUUCCGACGCUGAUGCGGCUCGUGAAGCAUUCCCAGAGACACACGAGGGAGAAAGCUUAUGAAUGUCAGCUGUGUGACAAGAAAUUCAGAUUCCUUAUGAGCCUCAAGAAACACAUCCUCUUCCACACAGGCGAGCGACCAUUUGAGUGCAUCCUGUGCAACAAGAGGUUCUUCACCUCUCUUGAUCUGAAGAACCACAUUCACAUCCACACUGGCGAAAAACCAUUUGCGUGCAAAUUGUGUUGGAAGGGAUUCUCAUCGGCUGCAAGUCUGAGGAAGCAUCGUUUCCACCACGCGCGAGGAAAGCCGUAUUUCUGCGGGUCGUGCAACGUGCAGUUUGAGAGGUACAAGCUUCUGAGGCUGCACAUUCAGAGACACAAGGUCAAGAAAUAUGAAUGCGGGGAGUGUCACAAAGCGUUCCCAAGUUCAGAACUGCUGGAGACGCACGCCCUGAUUCAUUCUGGCGUUCGUCCCUACGGCUGCCCCCUCUGUAACAGCACAUUUUCAAAAAUGGUUUCUCUCAUGUGUCAUUAUCACAGCCACAAGAGGUUCAAUCACCGUGGGGUCAUCUUUAAACACGUUAAAGAACCAGCAGAGACGAUGCUGACAUUUGAGUAAUUUUCAUCCAUUCUACUCUUAGUGAAGUGAAAUCGUCGCUCUGUUCUGCUUUGGUGAGCCGCGUGCUUUUGGACGUCCCGUUUCUUACGGGUAUAUAGGAUCAUAUUUUGGUGUCCCGCCGAUCAUUGAACUUGGUGGGCAGGAGAGUCGGAUGGUCCUCCGUGGACUCUGGAGAUUCGGACUCCUUGCAGAAUUGACAGCCUGUCCAGACACGUUAGAAAGAAAACUUAACUGCGUAGAGUGGAUGAUGGAAGUGAUCUCACACAUUGCUUUUCAUUUUAGUGAUUAUUCUGGGGCGCCCAGACGAGAAAUCUCGCAUCGAUUAGAAUUUGGGCAGAAACUGCUGAUGCACGCUGCUAGGCCGCUGUUCAAGCGUGCUCGGUCGUAAUGCGAUCAAAAUGUUAUAUCUUUCUGACGUAGGCGAGGCACGAUAGAUAUGCUUACAAAAUGCUGACAACAUAUUGAUCAGAAAACUGUAAGAGAGGACACCACUUGGGACACCCACUGUGGAGCUGGAAAGAUAAUAUUAAGAUGGAUGUUAAGGAAAAAGUAUGUGGGGGUGUGGACUGGAUUCAGGUGGAAAAUUCAAGGUACUUGUAACGCAGUUAUUUUCUUCUCAAGAAGUCUGCUGCAUGGGGUUUGCGGUGCUUGUAAAUUGAAAUAUUUGUUCAUAGAUGGCCCUACUGCUGUCAGACAAUUCUGUCGGAUCGUGUCGGUACUCCGAGACGGCUGGCAGUUAGUUAUUCGUGUGCAAGACGAAGUUUGUCUCAGUAUUUCGUAAUCUGUUCUCACACGCUUUCACCGAAGCUCUGUUGCGGAAGUCAGUCCGCGCGCGAUCCUGUGAGAACGGAAGCCGUAAUGCCGAGGUUUUAAACGUGACAACCGCGUUCAGUGUGUGCUGUAAAGUUUUAAGUUGAUGUGACUUAAGUUACCUGUGAUGUAAAUUACUUGUGGUCUUUAAGCGAGAGGGUCCAUGUGGUGAGUGAUAAGACCAGCGUUCAUCAUCAGUCACUUCCGCAUUGUAACUACUCCACUGAAAUGCACGAACGAAGGCAGAUGGCUGCAGGAUGCUCGACUCGUCCGCCUUCAUUCGCGCGUUUCAGUCUAAUGUCAGAAUACAUUUACAUGUGUGAACAAUAUGA